CACACAAGCUUCUCAGUUCCUCCCGCGACCACAUCCUUCUCCUACAGUGUCUCGAAUCUCCCUCAAAGCAGUGCCAAAAAGGACUUAAUGCAGUGUUAGAGAGUGCCUGCUUGUGUCUAAAGUGUUAUAUGAGUUAGCAGUGCCACCGGUGAGGAGUUUUAAGUGUCUAAGAGUGCAUGUAUAAGUUGGUAAUGUUACCCCUGCUCAUUCUCACCUUGUUAGUUCAUAAAGGCGACUCUGCAAUGGGAGCACUAAGGCAGUUUGGGCCGUAUGGACAUCCCCCUAACAACAACAACAAUCCCAGCAACAACAACAAUAACUAUAACUACAACAAUCACAUCUAUAACCAGCCUACCGUACCUCACCACAAUUCACUACAGAACCAGGUGAAAAUCCACGACAUUAACCACAACAGGCUUACAAACCAGGCUUUUCACAACCACAAUCCUGAUCACCACAGCUACCAACAUUCAGACUGCCACAACCACGACCACCACCAACAACAAUAUCAACAAUUCAAAGGCCAAGAGGAAAAGAGGAAAUUUGAAGACGCUAUAAGGAAAAUUUUUAGUAAGAGGAAAAUGGAAACUACUCUUUGGGACCGUCUAUUUGGCCCCGAUGACCCAAGUGACCUGGAGAAUGACCUGACCACCCUGCAUGACCUCAGCGCCAAGUUUGGAGUCUAUCACCUGCUGCCUGAUGACCUGAAGACGAGGAGAGAUGACUUAACCAGAUCCCCAAGCUCCUACACUUCCUACAUGGGGGAGUCUCAGGACGCUAAGGGCUUUCCCGGCAUGGACUUCUACAGCCUGUUCGCCUUUGCCAUCUUCUUCAGCACUCUAACGUACGCCAUUUUCUUCCUUCUGCAGCAGGAAGGCGAGGGGGAGAAGAGGCAAAUGGAGUCGUCAGCAUUUAGUGUUUUGCAGGAGAGUUUAGUGAGGGUGGUGACUGACGCGCUGGAGAGGUGGAGUGUGUGGGAGGAGGAAGAGGAGGAGGAGGAAGAGGAGAGGUAGGAAAAGGGAAGAGAGAAGGUAGGAGGUAUGGAGAGGAAUAGAAGUAGGAGGAGGAGAAUGAGGAAAUAUAGGAGGAGUGUAUGAAAAGUGAA